CAGUUAAAGCGCUAUAGACAUACUUGACCUUCACGACCAGACCGACCAGCUUUACGGACCAACUGGAGUUCUCCUGCGUUACCCCGGCAACGAGCCGUCGCCGUGGUUGCGUUCAAGACAACUUCUCCACAGCCAGAAAGGCCCAAAGUCCACAUAUAGACCGAGAAGCUGUAUUUUGACGCAAACCUGCUGAUGGUAUUUGUUGAUAGAUCAGCAGCAUGUUUGCUGCCCCUCCAAAGGAAAUGUCCCGUCACGGGUCGUCCCAGACCCGCGAUAAAGACGUCACAGGUCCCGCAUCCAAGGUCGAGAAGAAGAGCCGCUCUCCUCCCGAAGUGACGUUACCACCGCUUUGCCCGGAGCCUCGUUCCGUCUCCGCGGCCAAGUCUCUGUUCAGUCGCUCCCCCGUCUUCAAGACUCCCCCCUCCGAUAGUCCACCGUCGCUGGUGGAGCUUCCUCGUCUCAUAGCUCAAGUUGGAGCAGAGAGAGAUGGAGUACGUAGCGUAAAAUGGAAAGAAGGACCUCGACUAAUGACCUCAGCAUUAGGGACUGACAUCCCUCUGUCAGUGGGGCAGAGCCGCACAGAGAAGGACGAAUCGAUAAAAGUCACGCCGUGUAAGGAUCAAAAGAUAAUAACUGCGAGGGACGGAAAAUCGACAAAAGCGAGCAAAUGCGCCCUCGCUGGGGUAGAGGUUGUUCAGGUCUUGGCCCGGAAAAGAGACCUGGGAGACUUUGAGAUUUAUUACCUGAAAGAAGUGGACGCAGACGCACACAGACCUUAUGACUUGCGUGUGGUCCACUCCGGUGACGCCGGCUCUGAGCAUUACAUCUUCUCGUCCAACACUGUGCUGCACGUGACGGAGACGGGUUACGGUGGAGCCGUCAGCCUGGCAGAGUGGUACCGGGAGUAUUUGUUGUGGACAGCCCUGCAGGAAAUCCCCUUUUUCAGAGGGUUCAGGCUGCAGAAAGCUUUCUCCUGGUGGCAUAAAAACGUGCGCAGCAGGUUUUUUCAACGCAAGCGCAAGAAACUCCAGGACGCGCUGCUCACGGUCGUACCUCAGUUCAGAAACGGGCUUCACCUGUUCGCAGGAGUGAUAGAAGAACUGAAGGGGACACGCUGGAGUCUGGAUGACUCUAAAACCUACACACUGCAGGAGUUCAAGAACAUCCUCAUAUCCAAGGAUCGCGAGUGUCUGCAGGUUCUGAAGAAGCUGUCGCAGCGUCGCGCCGUCAUCCUGAAUAUGGUGAAGGAAGGCUGCUAUAAAACACACCACGAGCUGCAGCUGCAGGUGCAACUCGCCAAAAAGCAAAACAGAAGCCGCGAACCGAUUCACCUGCUCCUGUCUCACCAGCGCAAGCUGAAGAAGGAGUUGUCCCGCGCUGAAAGCACCUUGCGGAAACUGGGGAAAUUCGCCGCGCUCGUGCAUCAAAUGAUUGCGCAGACUCUCGUCACAAUCAUCCAGCGAGAUGCCGUCUCUUUUCUCGCUGUUUUAAAGAGGAGGACCUCUGAGCAGCGCUGUCUCUUCCACACUGAGCUCUGUGUCGGCGCCGACGCUCGUCUGACUCUGGAGCCUCCGACACGUCUGUUCAGAGGAGCCGUGAGUGAAGCGCUCCUGACUUCUGUCGACUCCGUUAUUCAGAUGUGCGACAGUAGUGGACUGUUUUUGGAGAUCAGCAGCCGUGCGCUCGGCUCUGCUCAGGAUUUAACCCCUGACUUCAGCUCUUCUUUAACCACAGGAGAAACAAAGAGUGAUGGUCGAGUGCUCAGAGACGUGGCGCCGUCGCCUGAAGAGACUUUUCAAAUGGUGCAGGGCAACACGGUGCAUGGCUGCUACUACCCUCUCUCCAAAACACAGUUAGAGCGGCAGAUCAGCACAAACGACAUCACAAAACAAGUUGAGAAGGAGCAGAACAAGAUCAUGGAGGAAACUGAAUUAGAAAUCCAGAAUCUGUGCGAGACGUACGCGUGGCUGGUGGACGUCCAUUUGUAUGUCGGCCAGUGGAGUAGAGCGUCUCUGGAGUCCAUGAAGGAUCGGCCGGCGUCGCUGUAUGAGGAGCACAUUAAGAGGGUGCGCAGCUGGGCUGAAAGAGUCGACGCCGCCGACUCAUCGCUCUCUACCUCCAACCAAAUGUUUGUCGUCCACCUCGACCGCACAAAGGAAACUCUGCAACAACAGCUGAGGUUGAUUGAGGAGGAAACACAAGAGCAUCUUAUGAAAGAGUUAGAGCUGCUCUCUGAAAGCCUCGUAUCAGACCUGGAGAAGGAUACGGCCGAACUCAAGACACAACCUCAGGACUUACACGACCUCUCAGAAUACGCUCUCACGGUGAGGGAAUCUGUGAAUACGUUGGCCGACACACAGAAACGUCUGGAGCACAUCCGCUCCCUCCGUAACACCAUCACCACCAACUACAGGAAGAUGACAGCGCAGGAGCUGACGCUGGAGCGAAAGGUGCUGGGCUUGUGGGACGGCUUUAUUCCCCUGUUGAAACGAGCCGACAGCCUCGUGUGCGAUCGUCUUCCCUCGAUGGCUAAUGCCUUGGACACGAUGUUCUCGUUCGUGGUCUGCGACCUUCAAAAUGUGGUCUUGGAGGCUACGUCUGGACCCUUCCUCAACCCCGGCCAGAACGCUAGUGAGAUGGUCUCCAAGCUGAGCUACAUGUGUGCGCACGCGUGCAGCCUCACUGCACAGAUGGAACAGCUUAGUAAGAACAGCGAAAACAUGCAAGAACGUGGGCUGGAUUUGACCAUUUCGACAACUAAUGUUCAGAAGGUUACAGCCCGUAGAGCGUUGUGGGAGCUGAUCGCUGCGUACACUACAUGGUUGGAAGAAUGGAAACCACUGCUUUUCAGUGAGGUUGUGGUGUCACAAGCUCAGGAAAAAGUGACUCUGUGGAAGGAGCAAGCUCAGAGUUUGACUGAUAUCAUACCUCCACAUGAUCCAGUGCUGGAGGAAACUUUGAGAAUCCUGGAAAACUUGAGCCACGAGCUGCUAAUCAUGGUCAAGAUGCAGAACGCCACACUCAAAGAAAAACACCAUAGAGCUAUUUUCCAAGAUAUGGGACUACUUCAUUCUGAAGAGAGGAAGGUUACUGUAGGAGAUAUCAUGUCUCAACAACUUGAAAUUCACCAGAAACAAAUUUACAAGAUUUGCAGGGACGCACAAAUGGAGUGUAAGAUGGAGCAGACGUUACAAAAGUUUCGACAGACAUGGGAAGACAGAUUGUUUCAGCUGGACAAAGUCAGUCUCGUUGAGCCACAGAAUGGGUUAACAGAGAGAGAGAAUACCACAGGAGACUCUCAGCACUCCAGUAAUGAUGCUAGCAUCACCUUUAUCGAUCUGGACAUGCUCUUUUCUGAAAUUGGGAACCAUCUGAUGACUUUGUCCACCAUGUUGAAUUCCCCAUACAGUGUUGACUUCAGGCUGCAGUUGGAGGAAUGGAUUCAUUCACUACAAGAACUUGAGAAACAGCUUGUUCUGCUUGAAAGAUAUCAGAGCAUGUGGGCCUUCCUGACCAAGGUGUUUGGUGAAACAUCCUUUAGUGAACGAAGAGUAGAUCUGCUGCAACGCUUCCAUCCAGUCGAUAAGGCAUUUAAGGAAAUGAUGCGCUUUAUAUCAACUGACCCUCAUGUGUUGAACUUUGUUUCCAACGAGACAAAUGGCAGUUUUCACGGUAACAGCCUUCACCAGAUUCUCCUUGAUGGAUUGUCUACGAUGGAAGCCAUUUCAAACCAGAUGGCAGAUGUUCAUGAUAACAUCUGUAGACAGUAUCCAAGACUCUGGUUCUUGAGUGACAGAGAAGUGAUCCAGCUACUCUCGGUUCCUCCAGCCCCUCUUACGCUGCAGCCCUUUGUGCGUAAAUGUUUUAAACCAGUACACUGGCUUGAAGUGGACUGUGAAAUACCAUCUAACACGAGCGAUCUAAAGAGCUGCGAGGCUUCAUAUGAAAGCCACGAACAGUUGAAAGUGCUGGGUGUUUUUGGCAGCCUCCGGGAACACGUUGCAUUCCAGUCUCCUGUGGAACCAAAUCUCGAUGCCUUGGUUUGGCUUUGUGGCUUUGAGAAACAACUGAAGUUGGCCAUGGUGCACCUCAUCAAACAAUGUGCUGUUGUCCAAAAUCAGUCAAGUCAAGAUUUGGCAUGUGGCAAGAAAGAUCGAGACCUCACUUUCUAUGUUGCUGAUAGGAGAAAAUAUGGACAAUCUCUGCUGGACCUGAUUUCAGAAUAUCCUCUUCAGUGUCUGCUUGUGGCUGAGGAGGCAGCGUGGUGCAGUGCUGUUCUUCAAACUUUCCAGGAAUCGAGUCCAGAGAUGUUGAGAAACUUGAAGGCAAACACCUCCACAAAACUGAAAAACCUCGGCCGUUUUAUAAGGGGUGGAGUCGCGGGAUCUACAAGCGCGUCUCUGGUCUCCAAGUACACAAUGAUGUGUCUGCGAGCCUUACUGCAGCUUACAAUGAAGCAGUCACAGCAGCUGUCUCGACUCAUGGAGAUACAGUGUGCGCUGGAUUCGUCUUUUGAGUGGAUAAGUUUGAUGAAGUACCACGUCAACUCAGAAAAUCAGAAUCUGAAAAGCAGCGAUGAUCCGCCUUGUUAUGUGGAUGUUCUUGGACAUCACUUUCAAUAUGGAUUUGAGUAUCACGGUCCAGAAGACUGGGUGAUGGUGAAUGCUCCUUCCACCGACCAGGCAGUACUGGGGAUUCUCCUUGCUCUGGCAAGCUACAAAUGUGGGUUUGUGAGUGGGCCUUGCAUGUCUGGAAAGAAAAAUACUGUGGUCCAGCUAGGAAGGGCGCUGGGACAACAGGUUGUUGUAAUACAGUGCUAUUCGAACACGAGGCUUGGUUUUGUUCAGCAGGUGCUGCUGGGUGCCCUCCAGACGGGAGCAUUGCUUCUUCUGGAUUCUGUGGACUUGCUGACACAAAAUGUCCUUUCUUUACUGGGACAGCAUCUAGCAGACAUACACCGUUUUUUCUUUGACUUAAGAACAAAUAAUCGUGGAGUGAACAAGAAGUCAGAGGACAAAACCGCUUACAGUUCCACAGACUGCAGGAACCUGGUCGAUCCAGAAUGGCGUAUGCUAUUCACAGGGAAGAGUGUUUCUGCCAGUCCAAGCUACCGAUGUGUCCUCAUCUCAUCAAAGGGGUAUACAUCCACGAUUCCAGAGAGUCUGCGUUUUUCAACCAGACCCGUUGCAUUAACGCACCCAGAUUACAGGGUUAUUGCAGAAGUAAUGCUGACUUCCAUUGGAUUCUCAGAGGCCGCGCCUUUAAGUCAGCGUCUGGUCUCUUUCAUUAGCCUGGCCAACGAUUCCCGCUGUCUACCUGGGUUUCACGCUGACGUUCAGAGCUGUUUUCUCGGUGUCUUACAAAAGAUUAUCUCGGCUUCUGAAAUACACCUACUGCAAGCUGUAAGGCAACGAGGUUUAGAUGAGACCGUGUCUUCACAAACAACGUGCGACCAGCCUUUUGAAGAGAGACAAGAACCUGAAAAACAUUUCGUGUUUUGCAGUUCCCAUUUGUCAGUUGUUCAGGGUUUAUUGGAAGAGACGGCCAUUGUAAAAGCUGUUCUGUCCGUCUUGAUUCCUGAUCACAAGAAAGCCUCACAGUUCUACAUAAUCUUUAAGGACACAUUCCCUUUAGCGUGUCAGUUUCCAUUUUUCCAACAACACGAAGAAGAAGCAGAAAAGAACCCACUUCAAGAUGCAGUUGCAGAAGAAUUACAACAAAAAAGGUUUUGUUGUGACACAGAAAUAAUUAGCAGUGCUCUUACACUCUACCAGACCAUGAAAUUCUCUCAAGCAGUUAUGCUUAUAGGCCCCCCGGGUAGUGGAAAAACAACGUGUUACAGUGCAUUAGCUGGAGCAUUAAAUGGUCUGGCUGCCAAGGCGCUGGAGCACGUGUUGGAACACGACAAUGCAGAUAAAAACGAUGUUCCACAGGCAGAUCUGCAGAUCACGACUACAAACUGGAGCUCUGUUGACACUGUGGUCGUAUUUCCAAAUGCCAUGUCCCAUGAUGAAAUAUUUGGUUAUUUCUGUGAAAAGAGAGGAUGGCAGGAUGGAACUGUUGCAAAGGUGCUGAGAGAUUCACAGCGACGUGAAAGCUACGGUCAUGAGAAGAAAAGUGAUGAGAUGCAAAUGGCGAAGUGGCUGGUGAUGGAUGGGGAGCCGCUGGGGCAGCCCGGCUGGUUGGACCACCUCACCACACUGUGCAAUCCCCAGGAUCCGUUUCAGUGCCUGUCAUCAGGGGAGAGGUUGCAACCUCAAACUCACCUCAAGCUGCUUAUGGAGAUCACCGACCUAUGUGACGCCAGUCCCUCUGCACUGACCUACUGCGGAGUUGUUUAUUUCACGGGUACUGAUCUGUGGAAAGCUGUGUGGAGGAGUGAAAUGGAUGUUCUCUCUUUUAAAUACAAGCUGGACCAAAGGAUUGUGAAAAUGUGGAAUCGUCUGGCUGAAGACCUUUUCUCAAGGUCUCUUGAUUUGCUUGGGCAAAAAGCUUUAACCUCUGCUGUCCACACUGAAAGAGGAUCUUCUAAAAGCCCUGUUCACGGACUGCAAGAAAUCAUGGCAUUUGUUAGCAUCCUGCAUGCCCUCCUACAACAUUAUGGGAAGGAAAUGGAAAAUCCUGAAUCUUUACCACAAAUAGACAAAACAGGUAUAUCACAUGGAGCCAACGGACAAGGUCAACAAGAGCUGCUCAGCAGAAACCUUUUUCUUUUGGCUUAUAUCUGGGGAUUUGGUGGACAUCUGCAUUCUCGCCACUGGCCACAGUUUGACCUGUUGGUCCGCCAAGUGCUGUUCACUUGCAGGUACAAGAUCGUGGUUCCUGAAGAGGAAAGUGUGUUUGAACACUUUUUUAGCGUAGACUGUAAGAUGUUCGCCAAAAGCCCACUGGCAAAUCCCGUCAUUCCCAAGUAUCGGAAGUACACAUAUCUCCUUAACCUCAUGUUGGAGGCGAAUCGGCCGGUGUUGCUCGCAGGAGAACCCGGUUCUGGAAAAACCACCCUGUGCAAAACCCUGCUAAGCUUUGACAAGCCACACAUAAGUCUACCAGCCAGUCCACUGCUGAGAUCAAGAGACCUGCGCACUAUACUGAAAACCAUGAGCUGCCAGAGGAACCGUAAAGGCACCAUGGGUCCCAUGACAGGACAACCAGGCCUGCUGCUGUUUGUGGAUGAUUUACACGAAGCUCCCUGUGAUGUCUUUGGGACGAUGUCCAAGGCUCUGGAGACCCUACGGCAGAGUAUUUCCAAGGGAGAGAUUCUAACAUUUGAUGCCUACCACUUGAACUUUUUGAGUUCUCGUUCCAUCAGCUACAUGGCUACGUGUUGUGUCUCUGGACUGGGUAAUCACCACAGUAAUGUCGUGACGUCACGGCUCUCCCGCCUGUUUACCGUCUUUGUGCUCCCGAGCCGAUCUUUAGACGUCAUAUUGUCUAUCCAUUCCCCUUGGCUACAGAUGUGGCUCCAGAAAAUGCCACUGGAGUGCAGCAGUGAGCGCAUGUCACAACGUAUCAUCACUGCUACUAAGUAUUUGCACGAUGCAGUACGUGACCUAUUCCGGCCCACAAAGCAGACGCCGCAUUUUGUGUUUUCCCAUCAUGACCUUCAGAAGGUGUUUCAGGGGAUGUGUCUGCUGCAGCCCGACUCAAACACAGAGCAUCCACCAUCUGUUCUGAACAUAGUGCGACUCUGGAUGCACGAGUGCAUGCGAACAUUUGGUGAUAGAUUACGUUCAAGCUGUGAAAAAAAAACUCUUGUGUCACUCGUUGCCAAGACGGUUGAAACACACUACGGCAUUAAACUGUCUGAUGAAGCCCAACUUGAAAGUUUACAUCACCCACCUGCUGUCGCAAGCCUUCCUGUUCACACGCUACCAAUGGACGAAGCGUGCAACCAGGAAAGAACAGCUGACCAGUCAGAGAUUCAUAAAGGCUACAUCUUCACUGAAACUUACCCCGUGUCUGAAAACAUUUGCUCUCAAGACACCAGCCUUAAAUCCCACCCAAUCCAACCGCAAACCCUUAAGCAAAUGGAGGAAAUAAUGGAUGGGCUCGUCUAUGGUCCUGAGCUCUCUGAGUCGCUGAAGUCAGGGAAUAAGCAGUUUGAAUGCGACUGUUCUUAUCAGGGGCGAGACCUCGACAUGCUGCUUCAAGAGCUGCUUGCACUCAUGAACAGAAUAGACGAAGGACAGAAAGUUGACGAUGGCAGCACAAUUACAACGAGAUACAUGGUGCACAGGCAGGGUGUUAGUCAGCUGUGGCACGUCCUUAGGGCUUUGCUCAUGCCAGGAGGUCACGGAGUGCUGUUUGGGUCGGACGGAGGAACCGGCCGUAAAACCACGGUCCGAUUAGCCGCCCGGCUCGCAGGCCAUCAGCUGAUGGAGGUACAUCCCGGUAACGAGCAUAAGUUGCACGAACUCCUAAAAGAAGCCGGGAAUGAAACUAGAGAGGAUGGAGUGAAUGUCACCGUGCUGGUCCAUGAGGGAAUCAGUCAGUCCGUCAGAGAUGAACUACUCCUGGCCAUGGCCCAGAGAGCGUAUCCACCGCUCUGCACUGAGGACGAACUGAGGAACCUCACUCACAGAGCGACCGCUGAGAAAAAUUCAAGAAGAUACCUGAUGGACAGCUGGAUGUUUGAGAAGAAGUUGAGCCAAGUCCACAGAAACGUCCAUGUGUUCCUGUUGAUGCCUUUCAAUAUGUCAGCAGGCACUGAAAUGCCUUCCAGCAAUGAACCCUUAAAUUGGACUGCACAAAUGUCCAAGGCUCUGAAGCUCAGCUGCUGCGUGGACGUGUUCCAGCCGUGGUCCAAACAGGCUUUAGUGGAAGCUGCUGCUCAAGGCCUUGAAGCCAUUCACAGUGAAAUGGAGUCACACUUGCAAAUGACAAAAGCCAGCCUGUCAGCAGCUAUGGCAGGAAUCCAUCAGUCUGCGUGUCGCUAUGCUUCUGUCCUUCUAAGAACGCAGCCGUUCAGCCCACGGACGUAUGCAGAGUUUAUUGCCCACUUUGGUUUCCUCUGCAAACACCUGGGCCCAAAAAUGCAGAUUAAAACCAACAGAGUUGCCACUGUUCUCUCUCAUUGGGAGGUCUUGAACGACACAGCUGUACAAUGUCAGCAGAACUUAAUAAGACAGCAAACAAAGGUUGCAGAGACGCAGCAGCACGAGGAGGAGCUCGUUAGAGCUAUAGACGACCAGAAAAAGCUACUUGACAAAGCCCGUGAGAAAUGUGAAGAAGAGGACAAGAAACUGUAUCACAUAGAGGAGCAGAUAAAUGACGUUAAGAAACAGGUAAAACCUGUGUUCCUGUCAAGCCUGAAGAUUAUUAAGUGUUUGAAUCCGUCUGACCUGGAGGAAGUGCGUCGCUACAGAAAUCCUCCCGAGGGAGUGGUGAAAAUCAUGGAUGCCAUUUGUUUGCUGUUUAAUCAUCCCUCAGGCUGGGAGAGCGCAAAGCAGCUUCUCGGACAAUCCAACUUUUUCCAGGAGAUGGAAUUCUUUGACCGCUACAGCCUGACGAACGAGCAGCUGCUGCAGCUCGGGCAGAUCGUUCACAGUCCCUACUUUGCGCCGGAGUCCGUCCGCGAGGUCAGCAAGGCCUGCGAGUCCCUGUGCCGCUGGGUCCAGGCCGUGUACGAGUGCUGCCGCGUGCAGCACCAGCUGCGGGUCAGGCAGCAGCUGGAGGCGCAGGCCAACGAGGCGCGAGGUCGGCUGAACCUGGCCGAGCAGCGCGCGGCGGAGGCGCGCCGGCGUCUGGAGGAGGUCGCGCUUCAGGUGCGGCUUGUGAAAGAGGACCUGGAGGAGCAACUUCUGCAGCUGCACGAAGCGGAGAUCUCCAGUCGAGAAGCUGCUGCGUACGCUGAGCAGCUGCAGACGCACGUCAGAGACUGGACGGCCGCUCAAGAUGUAGACGUAGGUACCCAGAAUGCACCAGGUGACGCCCUCAUCCUGGCUGCGAUCAUCUCAUACUUAGGUCCCUUUGGACCCGACGUACGCUCAGAACUGCUGGGCAAAUGGAAGCGGCUCUGUGAGACGGGAAGCAUCGACGCGAACCCCCACGAUCCCAGGACGUCCCUGUUCACGCGCUCGGACGCUGCACCUCCCCCGCCCUCCGCUGGUUUUCCCAUUCCCCUGACUGAGAGGCUGCAGCUUCCUCUGGGUCAGGUGUUAGGGAUGAAGGAGUGGCAGGCUGAGGAGACUCUGUCUGCCAGGCUGCUGGUCGAGCUGCUGCUGUGGGGCCACAGACGCCCGUGGGUCCGACGCUGGCCUCUGCUCACGGACGCCCAGGAACAUCUGGAGAUAAGCUCUCGGAACUGGUUCCUUACAGGAGAGAAGGUGAAGCUGGAGGAUGAGUUUGGGAUGGUGGUCUGUGCAGAUGAUCUGGAGCUGCUGGACAAGCUCGACCAGGCUGCUGAAAGAGGUUUGAGAGUCCUGGUUACUCACGUGGAGCGUUCAGUCCCUAGUCCUGAGUUUCUGGCCAAGUUGGCGCGUCCUACUGGAUGUUGCUUUCCAGGAUUUAAUCAGCGCGUCCAUCCAGUCCAUCCCGACUUCUGCCUCGUCCUCAGCACCCACCUGCCUGUCAAACUACUUAGCGGUGAGAUCCAUGCGUCCGUCUUGGCUCGCGUGCACGUGGUCGACCUCUCCCUGAGCUCGGAGGAGAUCCAAGAGCUGAUGCUGACACAGAUGCUGCAGUCUGAGUGCAGAGAGCUGCUGAUUCAACACCUGCAAGUCCAGAAUUACAAUCAGCUGCUGCGUGAAAAGCGUGUCAAGGAAGAGGACGCUCUGAUGGACUGCAUCCUGCAGUCUGACACCUUGCUGCUGCGAGACUCGGCUUUUCUUCCCCGCGUGACCGUUUGCCAAGAAGCGCUGAGAAACCUGCAGGCCGAGCUGAAGCAGCUCCGUGAGGAGCGAGAGCACCGGGACUCCCUGCUGACGGCCCCCUGCCAGUUAGUGCGGCUGGCCGCCGACUUCUACCGGGCGCUGCAGGCGGUGUCCCGUCUCUCCCCCUCCUACUACUUUUCAUUACACGAAUUCAUCUCGGUAGUGAAAGAGGCCUUCAUAAAGCAGGACAGGCCGUUGGUGUCGUACGCGGUCGGGAGAGUGCCGGAGACGAUCGUCCCGGAGAUCACGAACGCGAUGGUCGUCCGGCUGCUGCUUCACUACAGGCCCUGUCUCUUCAAGAGCCACGUCGCUGUUCUGAAGCUGCUGUUGUCCUUAACUCUGCUGCAGCACGGUCAGCUUUGCUCUGAGGCCGAGCGGCUGGCCUUCCUCAGGGGCCUCGGAGACGCCGCGCGCGCUGAAAAACCCGUCCCCUCGUCUCGCGCCGCCGCUCCACGGCCUCUGCCGAGCUGGAUAUCCCCUCGAAUCCACCCCGAGCUUUUCCGCCUGGACAAAAUCCCGUCCUUUAACGGACUGGUUGCCUCGCUCUGUGCGUCUCCCGAACAGUGGCGGGAGUACUUGCGCUUCCCCUCCUGCACCGUGGUGGGCACCGUCCCCUGCCGCUCCCACGCCCACCUGUCCUUGGUGCAGCGGGCGCUCCUCUGGAAGACCGUGGUCCCGAGCUGCCUGGAGGGUCUGGCGCAGGCCGUGGACUCCUGCCACAUCUGUCCGCCCGCGAAGACCCCGGGCGCCGAGACGCCUCACGCCGGGAACGUGGCGGCGCUCUGUCGGUUUUACGUCGAGCACAAGGGGCCCGUCGUUCUCACGUUACCGAAGCCUGACGGGGAUGCGCCGGUCAGCGUCCAGCCUCUUCGUUUCAUAAACCAGUUGGCGCGUUGUGCAGCAGGAACGAACGAGGUUCAGGUGGAAGUCAUUUCCUUUGGGUCAGUGUGCGACAGCGAGCUCGUCCUCCCGACGCUGGACCGAGCUGUUGACGCCGGGAGCUGGUUGGUUUUUAACGGUUGUCAUCUGCUGGAUCAUUGGGACGACAAAGUAGUGGCUCGUCUCAGUCAGUUAUUCUCCACCUCCAAAGAGCAGCGAGGCCUGAUCCAUCCCAGCUUUCAUCUGUGGUUCGUAACCCAAGAAGAUGCAUCGUGCUCCGUACCAGCAGUGGUGCGAAUGUGCGCUCUGCCUCUGGUCUGUGACUCUCCCUGGGAUCUGAAGGAGGAGCUGAGCUGUUCGUUGCAGCAGCUGUCGUCCGUGACUCAACCUCAGUCAUGGUCAGACGACGACGUGGAGCUGCUCCGCCGCUGCGCCAUCUUCCACUCUGUGUUACUGCAGAGACAAACCUAUAAACGUUUAGGCCAGGGGAGACUCUGUCACUGGACCCAGGAGGACCUUCUCGCUUUAGUGGAUGCACACAUUCACAUUUCCAGUCUCUGCCACGACAAGAUGAAGGUUCUGCAACAUAUAGCAGUCAGUCUGGUGCACGGCGCCCAUGUGACGGACUCUGCAGAUCUGGAGGUGGUGGAAAGUGUUGCCAACAUUUGCUUCAGCACAAUGUCACCUCUGAUGGGCAGCGGGCCACUCAUCCUCUCAGAGAUCAUCAGCGAAUCCGGCCACUUUGACUCGUCCAGACUGUUGCGUGUUUUGGAUCGUGGUUUAAUGGAACCAGCUGACGUCAGUGACCCUGUCGCUCUGGGCUUCAGUGAGGAUGUGGCAGCCGAGAUAAUUAAAAUCAACAGCCACAACCUGAGCGCUCUGCUCCAGGCCUCCCAGACUCCUCCCGGAGCAGCCGCAGGUUUUAUCCCCGGACCGAACCGACCUGUCGACCUGGAAAACUUCGGCCGAGCCAGAGACCGACUCCAGGCUCUGAAGCGUCAUCUCUCACACGGGAGCAACGGCACAAAUACCGAUGCAGGAGCGUCGUCUCCCGGUCCCGUACGGGACCUGGUCCAGGCCGAGUGGGACGACCUCGUCGAUUCGGUGUCCUCGCUCCUCUCGCAGCUUCAGUGGCCGAGUCAGUACCCGCCGACCUCCACCUCCGUCCUCAGCCUCGCCGACGUGUCUCGCUUGGAGAGGAGGGCGGAGCUGCUCGGCUCUUAUCUGAGCCGCCGCGGCAGCAGCGCCUCGGAUCCGCCCGGCGCGUAUCGACUCUCCGCUUUCAGAAACGCACGAGGCUUCCUGGUGGCGGUGAUGAGAGAGGCCGCUCAGGUGCAGCGAAAAUACGUCAGCGAUAUGACGCUGCAUUUCCAGGUUCUGUGUGACAGCAGCUGCUCGGCGUCGCCCCCUGCGGACGCUGUUUGUUUGUGCGGCUUGGAGCUGAAAGGAGCACGGUGGGACCCGGAGCUGGGAGCCCUGCAGGACACGUCGUCCCCUCAGACGUGUCCUCUGCCGCUUCUCUGUGUCAGAGCUCACGUCCGGAGCACAGGCGUCGCUCAGAACACCUCGCCCUGUAAAAGUUCAUAUUUAACGGAUGCUGGAAAUGUUCAGGCUGCAGGCGCCUCCUCAUCCCCUCAGCUGCCUGUCUACCAGUGUCCCCUCUACCUGGACGAGGACGAGCAGGACGGUGGAAACUGGGGACUGGCUGAUGUUAACGUCAUCACUAAGGUCCCGCUUCGUGCUGAGUUGAAUCCGGUUCUGUGUAGUUUGAGGAGGGUGAGGCUAGUGAGUGGUCUCUGACUGCACUGAGCUGACUGUCCACAGGGCUGGAGGAGAAACAUCAGAUAUUACAUAUUUAUGAAGGGUUUUAUGUGAAGCUUCAGAUGAUUUUGCAAUUCUACUGUAUUUGUCUUGAAAUGCUUUGUUUUACAUUAAAUUCAUCUCACAAUG